AUGUCACUGCACAAGAAGCAAAAGAUUGGGGAUUCAAUCAUUAUUAGUCAGCUUCAAAAUAACUUAGUGGUGGAGGACGUCCGGACCCUCCCUGGCUACAACAUCCAGAAGGAGUCGACUCUGCACUUGGUGCUCCGUCUCGGUAGUGGCACCAAGAAGCGUAAGAAGAAGACCAACACCAAGCCCAAGAAGAUCAAGCACAGACACAAGAAGGUGAAGCUCGCCGUCCUCCAGUUCUACAAGGUCGACGAUUCCGGAAGGGUCCAGAGGCUAAGGAAGGAGUGCCCCAAUGCUGAGUGCGGCGCCGGAACUUUCAUAGCCAACCAUUUCGAUAGUCACUAG